AAGGACCUCUAUGACAUGGCUUCCAGCACGGCUGGUCCAAACAGGCUCAUCCACCAUGCCAACUCCUGCCUUCCUCACCACCUACCCCGGGCGGCCAGCGUGACGCUCUCUCUGUUCUACAUGGCCCUGUUGGUCUUCAGUGCUCUGGGAAACAUCCUUGCCCUUUGCCUUGUCUAUCAAAAGGGCAAGAAGAUCAACUCAACAGGUGUCUACCUGGUCCACUUGGCAGCGUCCGACCUCCUCUUCACCCUGGUCCUGCCCGGAAAGAUCGCGUAUUACACGCUGGACUUCAACUGGCCUUUCGGUGAAGGGCUCUGCAGACUGAUGGCAUUCAUGUUCUACGUGAACACCCACUCAGGCAUCUACCUGAUGACAUGCGUGAGCGUGGACCGUUACCUGGCUGUGGUCCGCACCCACCAGUGGCCCCAGCUCCGUGAGGCCGGGAGGGCCAGGCUGGUCUGCGUGGCUGUCUGGGCCCUGGCAUCUCUGCAGACGGUGCCCCUGCUCUUGAUCCCUUUGACCAAGCCGGUGGCCGGCAGGCUGACCUGCAUGGAGUACGACAGUGUGGAGCCGGUGCUCAGGCUGCCCGUCAUGAUCCUGCUGAUCUCUGCCCUGAGCUUCUGUGGGCCGGUGGGCAUCAUUCUCUUCUGCUACGUGAAGAUCACCCUGAAGUUGUGCAGGGAAGCCCGAGACAACCCUCUGACGAGCGGGAAGGGGCACCACCGCAGGGCCUGCCUGCUCACCCUGGUGGUGCUGGUGGCUGUGGUUGCAUGUUUCACCCCCUACCACCUCAACGUCAUCCAGUUCAUGGUGAGACGGAUGCUCCGCCCGCCAACCUGCCCCGAGCAGAGGGCUUUCAAAGUGUCCCUUCAGCUCACCGUGUGCCUCAUGAACAUGAACUGCAGCAUUGACCCCAUCAUCUACUUCUUCGCAUCUACGCGUUACAGAAAUUGGCUCCUCGGUGUUUUGAAACGCAAAGCGUCAGCAUCCUCCUCCUCUUCCUGCCCGGGAAGAGCCUCCUCAGAAACACAAAGUAUCAACCAGACUGGAGGCUCUGCACCCUUAGAGGAGAAUGAGGUCUCACGGAUCAUGUGCUUUAAGACUGAAUCUCGGUUGGGGGCCUAAAGUUAAUACAGUUUGGGGAGUGGUUUCUUUAAGAAAAAGAAUACGAAACAAUAGAUGCAAAAUUAGGUGUGGGGUCUUGGAUGGUGAGUGAGGAGCCCUAAGGCUUGCGUUGGCUUCAAGGUGAAUCCACCUCUAAUGUAUCCUAGUAAACACCACUGCAUCCUUGGCCUCCGGUCUUCCAUUUCUUCCCGGAAAAAGAGUAUUUUCACAGCAAAUGCAGACAAGACCAAACGAAUCAUUGGCUGAGUCCUAGACCCACCAUUUAGACAAGGUUUCCAAUUUGGGGAGGCAAAUUGUUGCAAAGAGCAAAAGUACCCCUCCCCCAAA